GCAUUGUUGUCGGCGCUGCCCCGAGCCCCGUGCGUCCCCGCUCCCGGCCCGGCCGUGUGCCUGGGGGCCCGGCGUCGCCGGUUGCAGCCCGAGCCCCUCCGCGGCCAGCAGCUAGCCCGGCCGCUCCGAGCUUUUGCAGCUCGUGGCAUCUCCCCCCACCCCGCCCCCAGCCGGCACCGGGCUCCUCGGGCUCCUGGAACUCGGCUCUCCACCACCACCCCCACCUUGCUAAGCAGCCCCCCCAGCCCUCAGCGAGCCCCCCACGCACACCUCCAGUGCCCGGAAGGAGCCUGCUGCCAGGUCGGCCCAACCUUAGCUGGGGGGCGGGGAGCAUGCACGGUUCGGAGCAAAAGUGUCUUCCUCCCCAGUAUGCCAGCUUCCCAGCUCUCCACCCUUCUCGGGCUCAGCUGCCUGCUCAGCGAAGCAGCUCAGGAGCGCUUCUGAGCCCCAACUUUGCAGGGAGGUGGAAGAGAAUGGAAAUCCAGAAAGCUGCAGGGAUUUGAUUUUUAAUGCAAUGAAUGGGGAGUAGUUCUUUGAGUACCCUCUUAUUCACCUCUUCUUUGCUGUGGGCUCUCUGCCUGCUUCCCCCACCCGCCAACCUAAUGCCUGCCUGCUGGAAAAGGCGCGAUUGCUUCUCUUCCUCUUCUGCCCAAGCCCGGCUCCCAGCUCUGGCAGCGCUUCAGCCACACACCCACACCCCCUCCACACCAAGUCUUCUUGAUGGCUUUGCAUUCACCAGUUCUUCUGGAUAGUUCUUGCCACAUCCCUAUUUCACAGACAAAGGCUUAGGAGUGAAAAAGAACCUAACUGUUUCCUGCCCUUUUAAUGCUGUCCAUCUCCACACACCCAGUUCCCAUCCCUGAUGCUUCUUGUGUCUGUGUCUUGAGCCUGCAAGAUGAACACCAACGAAAAAAUCUCUUGGAUUGCCUGCUACAGUUUCUUUGUAAAUCUGCAUUGUUGCUUCUGGUUUAUGGCCAUGAAGAAAAUACCAGCCCCCACCCAAAAUGCACCGCAGCCAAGUCGGCUAAAGGCGAUGAGUGUUGGAGUCAGUAGGGGGCGCAUUCUCUGCACUGGGUAAGGCUGCAGAGGGGGGAAGGGCCCCAGCCAGGACAGGAUGUGCUUCACAGCGCCUUCUACAGACCACGGGGAAAUGGGCCCAGCAAGACGCACACCGCACUCAGAGUUGACAGCAACAUGGCGAGGCUUCAGGGAGUCAAGAGCAGUGAUUUUUUUUCUUGGGAAGAAUCUACUCUGCAGCAUACAAGUUUUCUCUUGGCUUUGACAAAGCUGUUGACCCUUAGACAAUCCACACUCUUCAUAAGCAAUCACCUUGACACAUCCUUUCUUUUCUGGAAUUCCAGAAUUCUUCCACCUUAAGCUUUGAAAAUGUCAACAUGUCUUUGCAAGGUCAGGUGGUGCAGGAGGUAGUUUCAACCCUGGGAGUCGUGGGUUUGGGACAUUGGUGACUAACUCCCUCCUUCAUGAUCCAAAUCUUUCCAAUCCUGGGAGAGUUAAAAGUCAUUCUUGAGGGGUGUGAGCUUUGUGUGGGGUAGUAAAUUUGAUAAGUGUGUAGAUGGGUGUCAAGAUUUGCAAAGGCUUGUUGGUAAACUUCAAGCCCAUGUUGGGUUCUUCACUGUCCAGCUCAACAGACUGGAGUGUGAAAUUGUGUUUCUUUCCCUCUUUGGACUCAUGGUUGCCCUUCGUUAUCUCGGUAGCCAACCACCUUUGCAAAGUGUUGACACACCAGUCUUCUGUGAGCACCCACUGUCUUGGGGUGUGUUGAUUUCUGUAGAUUUUACUCCUCUUGUUAUUUCCAUAGGUGUGAGAUGCACAGUGCGAAACCUAGGCCCCAGCUUUUGCGCCAUGAUGCACAGGGUUGUACUUUUUGUACUGAGCUGAUAGGUGGCCUAGUGGUUAUGUCCUGUACUGCCAUUUUGAGGAUCUGGACUCCGUUUCCCGCCUUGCUCUUUGGACCGCAUUGUCAAUUCACACCGAAACUAUGUUCCAACUUCCUGUCAACAAUCUUGGCAGUUUAAGAAAAGCCCGGAAAACUGUGAAAAAAAUACUUAGUGACAUUGGGUUGGAAUACUGUAAAGAACAUAUAGAAGAUUUUAAACAGUUUGAACCUAAUGACUUUUAUUUGAAAAACACUACAUGGGAGGAUGUAGGAUUGUGGGACCCUUCACUUACGAAAAACCAGGACUAUCGAACAAAACCUUUUUGCUGCAGUGCUUGCCCAUUUUCCUCAAAAUUCUUCUCUGCCUACAAAAGUCAUUUCCGGAAUGUCCAUAGUGAAGACUUUGAAAAUAGGAUUCUUCUUAAUUGCCCCUACUGUACCUUCAAUGCAGACAAAAAGACUUUGGAAACACACAUUAAAAUCUUUCAUGCUCCAAACGCCAGCGCACCAAGUAGCAGCCUCAGCACUUUCAAAGAUAAAAGCAAAAAUGAUGGCCUUAAACCUAAGCAGGCUGACAGUGUAGAGCAAGCUGUUUAUUACUGUAAGAAGUGCACUUACCGAGAUCCUCUUUACGAGAUAGUUAGGAAGCACAUAUACAGGGAACAUUUUCAGCAUGUGGCAGCACCCUACAUAGCAAAGGCAGGAGAAAAAUCACUCAACGGUGCAGUCCCCUUAGGCUCAAGUGCCAGGGAAGAGUGUAGUAUUCACUGCAAGCGAUGCCUUUUCAUGCCAAAGUCCUAUGAAGCUUUGGUACAGCAUGUCAUUGAAGACCAUGAACGCAUAGGCUAUCAGGUCACUGCCAUGAUCGGGCACACCAAUGUGGUGGUUCCUCGAUCUAAACCCUUGAUGCUGAUUGCGCCCAAGCCUCAAGAGAAGAAGGGCAUGGGACUUCCCCCAAGAAUUGGUUCUCUUGCUUCUGGAAAUGUCCGAUCUUUACCAUCACAGCAGAUGGUGAAUCGACUCUCCAUACCAAAGCCUAACUUAAAUUCUACAGGAGUCAACAUGAUGCCCAAUGUUCACCUACAGCAAAAUAACUAUGGGGUCAAGUCCGUGGGCCAGGGCUAUGGCGUUGGUCAGUCAGUGAGACUGGGUCUUGGUGGCAACGCACCAGUUUCUAUCCCUCAGCAAUCUCAGUCUGUGAAGCAAUUACUUCCAAGUGGAAAUGGAAGAUCGUACGGGCUUGGCUCGGAACAGAGGUCCCAGGCACCUGCGCGGUUCUCCCUACAGUCUCCUAAUGCCACCUCGUCUCUCUCAUCGGGCCCAUUAAAGUCCCCUUCCCUGUCCCAGGCACAGGCCUCUAGAGUAUCAGGUCAGUCCAGCUCUAAACCUACUGCAGCUGCCACAGGCCCUCCUCCAGCCAAUACUUCCUCAACUCAAAAGUGGAAAAUUUGUACAAUCUGCAAUGAGCUUUUUCCUGAAAAUGUCUAUAGUGUGCACUUCGAAAAAGAACAUAAAGCUGAGAAAGUCCCAGCAGUAGCCAACUACAUUAUGAAGAUACACAAUUUUACUAGCAAAUGCCUCUAUUGUAAUCGCUAUUUGCCCACAGAUACCUUGCUCAACCACAUGCUUAUUCAUGGUCUGUCUUGCCCAUAUUGCCGUUCGACUUUCAAUGAUGUAGAAAAGAUGGCAGCACACAUGCGGAUGGUUCACAUUGAUGAGGAAAUGGGGCCCAAGACAGAUUCUACUUUGAGUUUUGAUCUGACCUUACAGCAGGGCAGUCACACCAACAUCCACCUCCUGGUGACCACGUACAACCUGAGGGAUGCUCCUGCUGAAUCUGUUGCUUACCAUGCCCAGAAUAACCCUCCAGUUCCUCCAAAGCCACAGCCCAAAGUUCAGGAAAAGGCAGACAUCCCUGUUAAAAGUUCGCCUCAAGCUGCAGUGCCCUACAAAAAGGAUGUCGGAAAAACCCUUUGCCCGCUUUGCUUCUCAAUCCUAAAAGGACCCAUAUCUGAUGCACUUGCACAUCACUUACGAGAGAGGCACCAAGUAAUUCAGACGGUUCAUCCAGUUGAGAAGAAGCUCACCUACAAAUGUAUUCAUUGCCUUGGUGUAUAUACCAGCAAUAUGACCGCCUCGACUAUCACUCUGCAUCUGGUUCACUGCAGGGGUGUUGGGAAGACCCAGAAUGGCCAGGAUAAGACGAAUGCGCCUUCUCGGCUUAAUCAGUCCCCAGGCCUGGCCCCUGUGAAGCGCACCUACGAACAGAUGGAAUUUCCCUUGCUGAAGAAGCGGAAGUUAGAGGAAGAUAGCGAUGCACCCAGCUUCUUUGAAGAGAAGCCAGAGGAGCCUGUCGUCCUGGCUUUAGACCCCAAGGGUCAUGAAGAUGAUUCCUAUGAAGCCAGGAAAAGUUUUCUAACAAAGUAUUUCAACAAGCAACCGUACCCCACCCGGAGAGAGAUUGAGAAGCUGGCGGCCAGUUUAUGGCUAUGGAAAAGUGACAUUGCUUCCCAUUUUAGUAACAAAAGGAAGAAAUGUGUCCGUGAUUGUGAAAAAUAUAAACCCGGUGUGUUGCUGGGUUUCAACAUGAAAGAAUUAAAUAAAGUCAAACAUGAGAUGGACUUUGAUGCUGAGUGGCUGUUUGAAAAUCAUGAUGAAAAGGAUUCCAGAGUCAAUGCUAGUAAGACUGCUGACAAAAAGCUCAGCCUCGGCAAAGACGAUGACAGUUCCUCAGACAGCUUUGAGAAUCUAGAAGAAGAAUCCAAUGCAAGUGGUAGUCCUUUUGACCCUGUUUUUGAAGUUGAACCUAAAAUCCCCAAUGAUAAUCCAGAAGAACAUGAACCGAAGGUAAUUCCAGAGGAUGCUUUAGAAUCUGAGGAGAAACUAGACCAAAAAGAGCAGGAGGGUUCAAAAUUUGAAACUCUUCAUUUGACUAAGGCACCAACCAAAUUAAUGCACGAUGCUUCUGACAGUGAGGUUGACCAGGAUGAUGUCGUUGAGUGGAAGGACGGUGCCUCUCCUCCCGAGAGCGUGCCUGGCUCCCAGCAUGUGUCGGACUUUGAGGACAACACAUGUGAGGUGAAACCCGGGACCUGGUCUGAUGAGUCUUCCCAGAGUGAAGAUGCAAGGAGCAGUAAGCCAGCUGUCAAAAAAAAGGCUACCAUGCAUGGUGACAGAGAGCAGUUGAAAUGGAAGAAUAGUUCCUAUGGAAAAGUUGAAGGAUUUUGGUCCAAGGACCAGUCACAGUGGAAGAACACAUCUGAGAAUGAUGAGCGCUUAUCCAACCCCCAGAUUGAGUGGCAGAAUAGCACAAUUGACAGUGAGGACGGGGAGCAGUUUGACAGUAUGACUGAUGGAGUAGCUGAGUCCAUGCACGGCAGCCUAACCGGCGUGAAACUGAGCAGCCAGCAGGCCUGAGUGCCUGGUUGCCCGCAUCACUGACACACUGCAGCUUGGAACUCCGCAGUCCUUUCAGUGUGCCUGCAGGGCUGUGUCAUAACUGGUACUGCCGUGUGAGUGCUGGUCAACACACUGUGGGACAUGGAGCCACUGCUAUGUCAGUGGCUAAUUCUAAGUCUGUGACACAUGAUUGGCUGGUGAUUGCUUCAGAACUUUUCUGACAGACAGUAACUUAAUGUGAAAACAAAUAAGCUGAUGGCUCACACUCCCAAAGAGGGAGAGCAGAGGUGGAUUUGUCUUCAGCAAUUUCUCUCUGUAGAAUGUUCUGGUGGAUGUCCUUGAUUCACUGAUCCAUGUGGUAGUGUAGGGCCAACAGACAAGCUGCCAUUCUAAAGUGUAUAGCAGGCUUUGGGAAAAUCAGCUCUUUUUCUUGUAUUCAUUCAUUCUGAAUAGUUGAAAUGUAUAUUUGUACAGUCUUUUAGACCUACGCAAGUGAUGCAUAUGAUAUUGUUACUGUGUGCCCAUCAUAGCUUUGUUUUUUUUUUUUUUUUUUUUGGUUUUUGGGUUUUUUAGUGCUGCCCUUGCUGUGUAUAAACGCUGUAUCUAGUUUCUCUAGCAAAAGCUUGAAACUGCGCUAGUACGGACUUUUGGACAGACUUAGUUCUUUGCACAUAACCUUGUACAAUCUUGCAACAGAGGCCAGCCACAUAAGAUAUAUAUCUGGACUCUCUUGUAUUAUAGAAUUUUUCUUGUUCUGAAUAUCCUUGACAUUACAGUUGUCAAAAACAAAAAACUGGUAUUUCAGAUCUGUUUUCUGAAAUCUUUUAAGCUAAAAUCACAUGGAAACAUUGACUUUACAGCUACUAAUUUGGACACCUUUUAGAUCUGUAUAAAAGUGUGUUGUGUUGAAGCAGCAAACCAAUGAGUGCUGCAUUUUGGAUAUUUAGUUUUAUCUUUAGUUAAACACCACUCUGGUGUGUUCAUUUAUACCAUCUAAUAUAUGACACACUGUUGUAGUAUGUAUAAUUUUGUGAUCUUUAUUUCCCUUUGUAUUCAUUUUAAGCAUCUAAAUAAAUUGCUGUAUUGUGCUUAAUGUAAACAUUUGCUUCAUUACACACGAUGGCCUGUGUGCAUCAGGUCUGUGCCAUUUCCCACCAUGGCACAGUCACAGAGGAAACAGAUCUGCCACUUGCUUAAGUUAUCUUUUGUGUUAAGGCACGUAUUAUAGAUUGUUUUCAGUUUUGUAGCCCCCCCCCCUUUAAACUGAGCAAACAUCCUUUUUUGUUGAGCAGAACCUGCAGAUCUGUGUAAAUGUCUCCACUUUUUAAAAAGUAACCAUAUUGGCAUUAAUUUACAAGCAGAAUCAUCACCAUGGUGUUCCAUUGAUGAAAAAAAACAUUAGUUUUCACCUUAAGAAUGGAACAGUUGUACCCAGAGCAACAACUCUUGUGUUAAAGCUCUUGACCAUCUAGCCAGUAAGAGAAGAGCCUGGAGACCACACACACAGCUAGGGCUGUCAGGUGGAAGGAGCUGGCUGCUUGACUGCAGGUUUCCAAGAGAAAGUGGUACUGAAAAGCAGAAAGUCACAAGGAUGCAAAACUCAGCUGUCAGGCUUAGUGAUGCAAACAACAGUGUGAUGCUCUCAGCAGGUUUGAGGUUGGUCAGUCACCUCUUAGGGACUUUGACCUGUAAUGAUUGAUGUUCAUGGUUCCAAGACCCUUCCCAGAAGACUCUUGUUACCUGAGAGAAUUCUGACCAGCCUUUCUGCCUGUUAGGUCAGGCUUUUCACAAUCCCAGGCCUGUGAGGAGUGCAAGGACAGUCUGUAAUCUUCAGGGUGUCUGGGCCCAUUAGCCAUUAUAUAUCUGCUACACAAGUAGCUGGUGGAUUCUUUGUGCACCCACUCAGAUGUAGGACAAGACCUGUGUACCAAAUCUUGCCACCUGAAGGUAAACCACCUAACGUUGGCUUGGAGGCGGAUUCUGCUUGGUUAAGGUGGGCUUCUGGGUCCAUACACGGCAGAGCAGUGAGAUUUGGGCACAGGCAGCUUGAGGGUUGAGGAUGGGGAUCUAGGGUCUUGAACACUUGGGCAAAAACAAAUGUGCUUUCUUGCUAGUGGUGGCUACGUGCCUUUCUGGGAGUAAAAACGGUUUAGCCACCAAAAAGAGUUGGAAAUCCAGAUUCCCAACUGGAAAUGUUGCAGAAGCCCUAAAAGUAUCUCAAUAAAAGCCAUGUUUAAUGUUAAAAUUGAGUGUUGUUGCUCCUGUUUGGUUUUGGAACAAUCUGGAAAUUCUUUAACUUAAGCUGUGGCAGUCUGCCACCUUACACUUAGAAAAUCUCCAUAACUGAGCUUGAUGGAUCUAUAGAUUUUAUUUUAAAAAAAUAAGGAAAUCCCUAAUUAUCCCAGAGAACUUAGCUCCUGAAAUUUCCUUGAAUACUACAUACACAAAAAAAAGGCUUUGGUGUUUUUGCCGCCUCAACACAUGGGACCAUCUUUGGUUCCUUGCCAACAAGCCAUACAAGGAGAAGUCUGUUAGACACCUCUGUCCCCACUAGAGACCUAAGCAGGAAAGUGCGUGUCCCUUUUUAACAUCUCAGCUGUGCAUAUGAUCCAAAUGCCAGUCCGUUGUAAAGAAGCCAAUUUCAGACAUGAACAAAGUGAACACCAGACUUGAAAACUGGAUCUACUGUAGACUGGAGAGAUCCCUUCCUGAGCCAGAAGGAAGUAAGCCAUCUUGCCAUGAGAAGGCUACCAAGCAAAGGGCUGGUUCUUGACUUCAGGCUACUGGCACUGAACCCUCAAGGUGAGUCCCAAAGACCAUUCACUCUUCCUACGGAACUUGACCUAACGCCUGGGGUUUUCUACUCAGUCGCUGCUCAUUCAGUUGAUUCCAGCUGCAAAUAUUUUACCAGCAUCAUGUAGCAACACAUCAAACUCACUCCACACAAGAUCAAAAAUAAAAGGAUGACAUUCCAAAA